GCUGCUGAGCGGGGUGAGUGCCGCGCAUCGCAUCGCGAGGCUUGGCGGGGAGGCUGUGCGGUGCCAGUGACCCAGGAUCAGCAGAGUCGGUGUUCGGCGGCACAGUAGUGUCGACUCGCCCUUGACGGACAAAAUGACCACGGUGGAGGAACUGUACCGCAACUAUGGGAUACUGGCCGACGCCACGGAUAACCUGGGCCAGUACAAGGAUUCGUAUCAGGCUAUUCUAGAUGGUGUGAAGAGUGGCCCCAAGGAGAAAAGAUUGGCAGCACAAUUUAUUCCAAAGUUCUUCAAACAUUUUCCAGAGUUGGCAGAUAGUGCCAUCAAUGCUCAGUUGGAUCUCUGUGAGGAUGAAGAUCUUUCGAUUCGCCGUCAAGCCAUUAAAGAAUUGCCUCAGUUUGCAACAGGUGACAAUCUUCCGAGAGUUGCAGAUAUAUUAACACAGCUCUUACAGACUGAUGAUAAUGCUGAGUUCAACUUGGUAAAUAAUGCAUUAAUAUGUAUAUUCAAAAUUGAUGCUAAAGGAACCUUGGGUGGUCUUUUCACACAGAUAAUCCAAGGGGAAGACAUUGUGCGAGAACGUGCCAUAAAGUUUCUUUCCACAAAACUGAAGGCAUUACCAGAAGAAGUAAUGAACAAAGAAGUAGAAGAAUACAUUUUUGUUGAGUCUAAAAAGGUACUUGAUGAUGUUACAGGAGAGGAGUUUGUUUUAUUCAUGAAAAUUCUGUCUAGCCUGAAGAACCUUCAGACAGUGAGUGGUCGACAACAGUUGGUCGAGUUGGUGGCCGAACAGGCAGAUUUAGAGCAAGUGUUCAAUCCUGCAGAUCCCGAUUCCGUGGACAGAUUACUACAAUGCACAAGACAGGCUGUGCCGCUUUUCUCGAAAAAUGUUCAUUCAACCAGGUUUGUCACAUACUUCUGUGAGCAAGUAUUACCAAAUCUGAGCUCCCUUACUAGUCCGGUAGAAGGACUUGACAUUCAGUUGGAGGUUUUAAAGUUGCUGGGAGAAAUGACACCUUUCUGUGGUGAUAUGGAAAAGUUGGAAAGUAAUUUGAAGCAAUUAUUUGAAAAAUUGCUGGAAUAUAUGCCAUUGCCCCCAGAGGAAGCAGAAAAUGGAGAAAAUGCAGGCAAUGAGGAGCCUAAACUGCAGUUUAGUUAUGUUGAAUGUCUACUGUUUGGUUUUCAUCAACUUGGAAAGAAACUCCCAGAUUUCCUUACAGCAAAACUUAAUGCAGAACGACUCAAGGACUUCAAAAUCAGGUUACAGUAUUUUGCAAGAGGUUUACAAGUCUAUAUCAGACAACUGCGGCUUGCUUUGCAAGGGAAAACAGGCGAAGCCUUGAAAACGGAUGAGAACAAAAUUAAGGUUGUUGCACUGAAGAUAACCAAUAACAUUAACGUUCUUAUCAAGGACCUGUUCCACAAUCCUCCCUCUUAUAAAAGUACAGUCACCCUUUCUUGGAAGCCGGUACAGAAGGUUGAAGGAGGGCAAAAACGAACGGCUGAGGAAAACACUUCAUCCCCUCCCAAGAAACAGCCUCCAGCACAAAAACGAGAUACCAGGCAAAUCUAUAAUCCACCUAGUGGUAAAUACAGUGGCAAUCUUGGUAACUUCUCUUACGAACAAAGAGGUGGUUUCCGUGGAGGCAGAGGUCGAGGAUGGGGCGGCCGAGGAAAUCGUACCAGGGGACGCCUCUAUUAGAGAUAGAAAUUCCUUCACCGUUGCGUGUUGUGCAGUAGUUACUGUGUACUGUAUUCUUGGGAUUGCUGCUGAGCACCCACAAGAACUGCGAAUAGCUUCAAAAAAGAAUUCUGUAUUUAAACCUAAUUUCUAAAAGAUACUUUGUACAAUUCAAUCUUUGUUUAUAUUUCAGUAUGUGUAGCUGUUUUUUUUCCAAAUCCACACUUAUUCUAAAAGAACUUUUUAAUUUCCUUUUUUAUUUUAUACUGCUCUUAUGACAUUUGGAAGAAAUUUUCAAAAUGCAAAGCAACAGUAUUUGACAUUCCUAAGUCCAUCUUUCUAAGGCACCAUGGUAAAGUUAAUAGGAGAGAAAUUAAUGGACAACAUUGUUUUGAUGCAAUCUGUUGUUCUCGUGGUCAUGUCCCAGCAAUGUGAUAUAUUACAGGAUUGAGAUCACACUUAAAAUUAUACAAGCGAUCCAUGGCCAAAUAUAGGAACUUCCAAGGUGUUCUGGCAUUUUUUCCAACGUGUGCCAUCAGAAAUAAUAUCAUUACUAUAAAGCAUGUGCUUAGGAAUACUAGUACUGGCAAUUCAAAAAUUUGGGUCUGAUACUUUCCUAAUUGAAUUACCUGUUGAACGUUUUAACCUGUUUAGUGCCCCCCCCCCCGAGUAUACUUGUUUUGGUUUAGUGACGUUUUAUGACUGCGUGAUGAGUUGUCCUUGACCUAGAAAAAACCUGGCACAGGGUGGCCAUGAAUGAAAGAAAAUCUUGGUAGUGAACAGGUUAAUCCUGUUCAACAGCAGAUAAUGUUUCUCUAGCCCCCUUGGUGAAGUUUUACUGACAAAUCUGGGUGUCUCCAUGCCCCUUUUCUACCUGAAGUUUUUCUCAGUGGCCACUAUUUUUCCAGUUGGAAUGAGGGGACAUUUUUUUUUAAUUGAAGAUAAAAAUGUGCAUAUUUGGUGUGGACCAGAUGUUUGAAGUUCUGAACCUGCAAUUAAAUAUUUUUCCAUUCAGUAAGUAAAUGCCACUAUUCCUAUGGAUGAACACCUGGUAAAUGCAGUGAUAAACCUACUAGUGAUAUGUGCAGUAUUUAUGCUAUUUGUUCCAUCUUUAUGGUCUACGUAUUUACUAGAGUGUUAAAGAACUAACGUACUACAUUUGAGGAAUACUUAUCGUUGAAAGAAUAAUUUGUUAGAUUCCAUAACAUGUCUGCAUUUUUGCUUUGGAUCCCUGCUUCAUUGUCCAUCUCCAUGGCAAGUCUUGAUGUCAAAUGUCAUCUCACUGUGCCUUUGCAGUGCACAAUGGGCUUCAUUUGGAUAUCAGAAGCGAGCUGUGAAUAAUGAUUUACUGAACUAUAUCCAUCACUUCCUUAGUUUGUAUCCCUGCCCUCAAUAAACCAUUAGUUAAUAACUUGUACGUGUUAAUGUUUUAGCUGGUCAUUUAAAUUUAAAGUUGAUUUUGAAGAUUGUCGUGCUGUUGGGCUAUAUACGAAUUUACAUUACAAAAUUACAUACUGUGACUAAGUACGUGCGAACAAGUUGUAACCCAGCAGUAACUUGAUCCUUAACCCAUUUAAUGUUUCAAGUAAAAAUAUUAAGUAUAGCUACUUUCAGUGCUAGAGUAGAUGUAGGUUUUAAGGAAUCGCUGUAGAUUUGGGCACAGAAUUUUGAUUCCAGUUAAAAUGCUGAAGAAAUACUACAUUCACCAGUACUGCUGAAUAACCCAAACUGGCCUUGAAAUAUGUCUGUUCUGGAUAACUGCUGAAAUAUUUCUGGUGAUAUAUUUAUUCCUCUGUGCCAACAUUUGGGAAUGUCUUCAUGGAAUAUGCACUGCUUUGAAGCCACAGUGGACAUAUUAAAUGUUGAUUAAAAUUUGAAUAAUGACCUGAUAUCUAAAGUUGAAGAAAUGGUCUUGGAAAAUGCAGAUAACUAAAUUAAUGGUUUUUUUGGUGCCAAAUACCACUGUUAAGUACUUCAGAAUAUGUGAGCAAAACUUACCUGUUUGGAUUGCUGUUUAACUACCAAAAUCUUAAGUUUACCAUUGUGCAAAUUAAUAUAUUAAGGUGUAUUUUGGAAGAAUGCUGUUGGAGGUUAAUGAAUACAUGCAAUGACUGUCAGCAUGCAGUGAGUAUUGGCAUGCUCAACGUUUAUGUAUUCAUUUUCUGAAAUCCGGUCAUUGUAGUCUUUCCUUGAAAGCUAACUAAUGCAGUAACUAUGAAGAUAUGUGGGGAAAGGUGAUUUUCCCCCUCCUCCCCUCUUGUAAGUUUACAGAAGAACCUAUUUCUUUAGUUUUUGUCUGCAAUAUAACAGUGCUGGAGCAUUUUUAAGCUAUAUACAAAAGUUGCCGUUUGCAUUGUGCAAAUAGAUUUAUUUCAAUAUUUGGAUUAAAUAGUUUUAAAAACCUAGCAGUUGAAUGUAUGUAUCUUAAACUGAUUUAGAAAAUCUAUAACUGCAUGUGAUUUUUAUAGGGGUGUCUGUACAUAUUUGAAAUUGCUUUUUGUAGGUAUUUGCUGGUGUUAUCAAUGUCAUUGCAGCUUCUGUUUACAAAAGCAACAAAGUUUGCAGCCUCAUUUUAUUUUGGUAAAAGGAAGUAUAAGUCCUACCCUUUUGGAGUAUAUGUUUUAUAUGGUAAAGGUGCACACUGAAUAAUAUUUUUGUAUUGUGCACUAAUCAGUAAACAUUGAUGAAAAAUAGCUACAUUGUCAACAGGUUUUCAAUAACUUGUCAUAACCAAUAACUAUUGAAGAGAUUUAAAUAUUUUUAUAGAGCUUUUCAUUUCAAACUUGUGCGUGUUUCCCCCCCCCCCCCCCCUCCCCCCCAGAUUUUUUAAAAUAGCAGUUUUGAGAGCACCAUUCAGAGUGGCAGGAAUUGCAGGAGCUUGUGAUCUGGAAGAUAGAGAAAUGUAUAAUGCAGGUUAACUUUAACUAUUUGAUUAUGCAACAACAAUCAAAAUUUAGGCACUCAAUGAAUUGGAAAGAAAUCUAUUUGCUUAGUUGCAUAAUCAGCCAGGAAUGUGAAGUUUUGCAUGUGCAGUGGUAGAGAAAAUUUAAUUUAUAGAUGUGAGGAUUUGAUAAAAGUGUUAAAAUAUAGAUACACGACUGAAACAGUAUGGAGAGCUAAUUUCUUCCUUUGUAAUUUUCAAAUAUAUAUUGGCAGUGAAUUUUCUCAUCUGGAAUUAAUGGUUUGUGUCUACUUUUGUUUUUGUUCUGUUUAACUGUCAGUUCAUUUAAAAAUACUGACCAGACUGCUGUAUUAAAUCUGGUGUCCUCUCAAAAUCUUCUGUGCGGUAUCACCGUUGUGAAAGAGUGACAUAACUUAUCAGUACGAUAUACUGGUUAUAUCUUGAUUAUGAAGGUGUGAUUGUUGGGAGACUUAUUUUCCAUUUAUGGUCAAAGCAACGGAUCUUUGUACUUUGAUGGUAGUUGGAUUAGCUUUUGUCUCUAUUUUGGGUAAGUUGCAAAUAUGACAGAAGCCUAUAUUGAGGGUGUUAUUGGAAUAUCCCAAGUGAGAAGGUGAUAUAGGAAUUCACUAUGCCCAAUUAAAACAUCCAAUUUUGAACUUCUAAUGUCUGAGCAAGCCGAGAGGACAGUUAUGUAGAAGACCGGAAAACUGCCUCCUUUUCCUUUCAAAGCAGGAAAAAAUGAAGUUAUUUUUCUUCUGUUCAUACCUCUGGCGCUGGAUAUCAGUAUUGUAACUUGCAACUGACAGUUAAUGUUUUAACGCCCAUUCUAAGCAAAUAUUGUGAUUCCCUCUGACUUGUAUUCCUAUAUUCUAGAUUUUUAGUUCAAAAUUCUGUCUGGAUGCCUAUUGCACUGUUUCAACUAAGGCAUUAUUAAUAUGUCUCAACAUCAUUCUUGUCUAUAUUAACACUUGUGUGUAUUGGCCAGUUUUACACUGAUUGAAUAAUUCCUCACCUUUAUCACAUUAAAUUCCAUAUAAUUUCCAGCUUAUCUACCAUUUCGCCCAGUGGGAUGUGGGCAUCACUGGAAAGGCCGAGUUAUUGCCCAUCCCUGACAGCCUUUAAAAAGCUGUCAGUGAGCCUCCACCUUGACCCACUGAUAUCUGCCUGGUGAAAAUAUUCCCAAAGGUCUGAGGGUAUGGAGUUUGAAGAUUUAGACUUUAACCAUAGUGCCCAAAGGGAAGUCAGGCAAACAAUUGUAUUCCUGUUGGCAAAAUUGGUGGCAAGCCAAUCACCAAAAGUGAAAAUUAAAAAUUAAUAUUAUUUGUCCCUACUUCCCCUUGGAUGGCACCACUACUGGGCUUUAUCGUUAGCUUGAUUGGUAUAUUAUUUCCUAUAUCAGAAUUGGAAAUUGUGUCUUUGUCAGGAUGAAACAUUACUUCAAAAAAGUCAUUUAUUUAGAUCUUUUCCAGUCAGUUUUCUUGGUCUCUGACUGUUCAAAUUCUCUUUGCCUCUUAAUAUUACUAUUUCCCAUCUGAAUUUAUUUCACAAAUUUCUGCAUUUCAUGUAUCAAUCUCAAUAAAUGCCUUUUUAUUUUCUUCCUGUGGAUGAUGUGAUUUUUUUUUUCCUCAUUCUUUGUUUGCCAGUUCAUUUUUGUUCAUACUUCUGCUUUUUUUGAUCCUUUGUAUCAGCAUUGAUCCCAAAAGGUAUUUGCUGUGUUCCCUUGCAUAAUUGUCUUUUCAGUUGAUGUAACCCGUUUCAAGGAUGUAAAAUAUGAUUUGAAAUUCAGAAACUCCGAUGACAUUAAACAAUUCAGUUCUUGCUAA